AACAGGAAGCAGACGAAGAGGGAGAACGGAAGCCUGAUCUGAUCUCGAUUGUUUGUUAUUUUCUGCACGUUUUCAGUGCAUCUUGCUGCAUUUCUGCGUUGUUUCUUUGAAAUAAACCAGCAUGCCCGUCAUUUGUGCUGCGCCGGGGUGCAGUAAUAAGUUUGUAAAGGGGUCGGAGAUACGAUUUUACAGAUUCCCUCUUAGCAAACCUCAGCUUGCCACCAAAUGGGUCCAGAGCCUGGGGAUGAAAAACUUCAUCCCAACGGCCAACACCUGCCUCUGCUCGGAGCACUUCCGGACCGACUGCUUCAGGGACUACAACGGAAAGCAGUUCCUGAGGGAGGACGCCGUUCCCACCAUAUUCUCCCCGGGACAGGAGACCUCCAAGAUCGAACUCCGUAAAAGAGGAGUAGUACCGAAAGAAACAAAUGCAGCCAAUCAGAUGGGGAUGCAAGCAGACAGAGACCGAACGAGGGAGACAGCUAUGCGGAGAGAAAAAAGAGGAGGAAUGAGGGGAGGACGAGGAGGCCGUGGAGGAAAACAGCUGUCUGACAGGCAGAGCGGCGCGGCUAAAAGCAAAGUUUACGACAGCAAGGGCCGGCUGCUGUCCAACGGCAAAGACAUGUGCGACUGCCUGGAUGUGGACUGUAUGGGCUGCUUCUACCCGUGCCCCGAGUGCGGCUCCAGAAAGUGCGGGGUGGAGUGCCGCUGCGACCGGAAGUGGCUCUACGAGCAGGUGGAGGUGGAAGGUGGAGAGAUCAUCCGGAACAAAUUUGCAUCUUAACUACCAUUGGUGCCUUUUUUUUUUUUAUUUAUAGACAUAAAAACUAUUCUCAGUGUUCUCUUAAGUUUAGCCCGUUGAAACAUUUUACAGUGUGAUGUUUGUAUGAAAAAGACAAUAAAGCUGUUAUUUAAAGGUAUUUUUAACCUUAACGACAUGUAUUAAUAAACAAUUUCCUUCGUG